UGAAAUUUCGCCUUUUAAAAUUGAGGCCUAAGUAAGGGACGGAAGCUCUUGAAGCUUCUCACUCUCUCUAUGUAAAAUUCCAUGAUCCAGAAAAGAGAUACCGGAGUUUCGCAAUCCGAAGACGCUCAGCGUUCCUUGUAAUUUCAUGGGUUGUCUGUGGAUUUCUCUCUUGAUUGCUUUUUUAGUUUCCUCGACUGCCGAAGCUUCCUACUGUGCAGCCAACGGGGUGCCUAUAGUUAGGAAUAUCAGUGAGAUUAGUCAGGAUAACUAUGGUAGGCUCGGGUUGUCUCACAUGACUAUUGCCGGUUCAGUCAUGCACGGUUUUAAGGAGGUUGAGGUGUGGCUUCAAACAUUCGCUCCCGGUGUUCGAACGCCGAUUCACCGGCACUCCUGUGAGGAAAUCUUCGUGGUUCUAAAAGGGAGUGGUACUCUUUAUCUUGCCUCGAAUUCCCAUAAAAAUUAUCCUGGCAGUCCGCAGGAGUUCCCAAUAUUCACGAAUAGUACAUUUUAUGUGCCCGUCAAUGAUGCUCAUCAGGUCUGGAACACGAAUGAACAGGAGGAUUUGCAAUUUCUAGUUAUUAUAUCUCGACCACCAGUGAAAGUGUUCAUAUACGAUGAUUGGUAUAUGCCACAUACUGCUGCCAAAUUGAAGUUCCCUUAUUAUUGGGACGAAAGGUGUUAUGAAACGUCUCCAAUAAAAGAUGAGCUUUGAAUUUUUAGUAGAAUUUUGUCAUUAUGACUUUCUGAAAGAACUUCAGCUGCUGCCAAAUUGAAGUUUCAGAUUGCAACAAUAUGACUGUAUCAUAAAAGGUUACUACCAGACUCUUGCACCACCCCUGUUUUUUCUUUCUUUUUUUGGUUUUUCCUUCUACGCAUUCACCUAACACACUCACACACACAUUCAAGUUCGAACACAAGACUUUUUGUAGAAAAUUUUGAGUCCAAACUGUUGAGUUGUCGCCCAUAGAGACCUGUACCCCUUUGUUUCCUUUCCAGAGUUGUUAACCGGAUUGAAUUUUUUAUUUCAAUUCGCUCUGUAACUCUGCUCACUUGACAAGGAUUGGGUGAAUUUUUCCAUUUUUAAAUAAUUCGGAAACGGGUUUGGAGUUUCA